GCGAAUGGAUUUUCAUAAAUACAUACAAAGAUGUGUUGGCUGUAUGUUUAUAGAAUUGUAAAUGAAUCUUCCCUUAAGCAGUAUUCAAGUACAUUAAACUCAGUUGGCAACUGCAUUUCUGUUUCCCUUCCUUGGGAACCUUAACAAGCCUGUCAUUGGCUGCAGCAGACAUUACAUACACAAAUUCAAUACAGACCAAGAAAUAUUAUACAGCUGUCACACAACAGCAGUAGUGAGUGUGAAACUCAAUGCACGGAUACAGAUUUCUUGUAAUGACACUCUCAUAUGGAAUUGGUAGUAACGCUGUUAAAUGUUGAUGGAUUCAUUUAGACAUUUUACUGUGAUGCUGUCUGUCACUUCCAUUAAAAAUGAUUGAGAUUCUAGAAGCAGGUCUGCUUUUUUCAUUGCUGUACACAUUAAUAUGUGCAGAGGUGAUCUUCAGAGUAAAGGAAAACCAAAAUAUAGAUAGUAAAGUUGGAGACAUUGCACACAGCACACAGUUCCUAGAUAGCUUAUCCAGGUCAGAGACAAAGCAAAUCUGGUUUAGUCGAUUAAAACAAGGUACAGACAGAGGCUCAGAGUUGUUUAACGUUUCGAAAUCAGGAACGCUGUACACUGCUAAAGAAUUAGAUGCCGAAUCUCUUUGUAAAUACAACACAGAUUGCUUCAAAAUGGUGGAAGUUGCAGUUCGGAAAAAGGAGUCAUUUAUAAAAAUAAUAGAAAUAAAAGUGUUUAUUGAAGAUAUCAAUGAUAACAAACCAGAGUUUCCAAGUGAAGAGAUUCACAUAAAAUUUUCUGAAAGAGACAGCAAAGGAUCAAAAAUAUCUAUUCCAAAUGCAAUUGACAAAGAUAUGGCAUCAAUUAAUUCCCAAAUUAAUUAUCAGCUACGGAAAUAUGCAAAUGAACCUUUUACACUUUCAGUUACCAAAAAAAGAUUUGGUUCUUCAAAAUUAGAAAUAAUGUUGGAGAAGAAACUGGACAGAGAAGUAAAAGAUAAAUAUUUGGUACAAAUCAUUGCCAUAGAUGAAGGCUAUCCGCCAAUGCAGAGUGUAUUAAAUGUUCAUAUAAAUGUUACGGAUGUAAAUGACAAUCCACCUGUUUUCUCUCAGAAUAUUUAUAAUGUGUCUGUUAGUACUAAACAUAGAAGAGACACUCCAAUAGUAAUUCUAUCAGCAACAGAUAAUGAUUUGGGGCAAAAUGGUAAAGUUUCAUAUUUUUUUGGUUCAAAAACAGCAAAUAUUGUCAAAACUUGUUUUGAAUUAAAAAAGUCGACAGGAGAAAUUUUCUUACUUAAAACACCAUCUUUGGCUCAAAAACAAGUACAGAUUCUUCAGAUAGAAGCUAAAGAUGGAGGCAAUCCUCCAUUAAGUUCCACUGCUAUGGUAAUUGUAAAUUUGGUCAGUGAAAAGAACAAUGCUCCAGUUAUAGAUAUGAACUUUAUCUCAGAAUCACGAGGAAAUGUCGCUACUAUUUCUGAAGGCAUCGAAGUUGGAAGUUUUAUAGCUUAUGUGAAAAUAACAGACAAUGAUGUGGGGUCAAAUGGUGAGGUCAGCUGCAGCCUCCACCAUAAUAUAUUACUGCUUCAAAGUCUGGGCAGAAAGAAAUAUAAGAUUUUGGUUAAGAAUAGAAUUGAUAGAGAAGAAAAAAGCAAUAUUGAUUUUACCAUUACUUGUAAGGACAAAGCAUCGCCACCAAUGAAAACACAACGCAGAUUUUCCAUCCAAGUGAUGGAUGUCAAUGAUGAAAAGCCACAAUUCACUAAAGAUACAUUCAAAUUUCUGACUUAUGAGAAUGAAAAGCCAAAUUUUCCUGUUGGUUUCAUUAAUGCUACAGAUCCUGAUCUAGGACUUGGAGGUCAAUUGAUAUAUUCUUUAUUCAGUAAAAAGAAUCAAGUUGUUCCUUUCAAGAUUUCGAAUUUUGGAUUUAUUUCAACAUUGCAGCCACUGGACCGCGAAAAGCAGAAUAUUUAUGAAUUCCAGGCUUUAGUGAGAGAUAGUGGAAUUCCGUUGCUCAAUAAUACCACUAAUGUUAUUAUUGAAGUUAUGGAUGAGAACGACAAUGCUCCAUAUUUUACAUUUCCGAGUGUUAACCCUUUCAAUCUUGAUAUCCAUUAUGAACCACAAAGCAACAAUGACGUCACAACAUUAAGAGCUUCUGACAGAGACAGCCAUGUGAAUGCUUUCCUCAGAUAUGAAAUAAUAGGAGGAAACCACAAACAGUUAUUCAUUAUUAAUCCUUAUACUGGAGUAUUGUCUUUCUCUCGUCCAGUUUACCAAAAUGAUGCUGGGUCAUAUGACCUUCAGUUUGUGGUCAGAGACAGUGGGACUCCAGUAUUGUCAGCAACCACCACAGUAUUUCUGACUCUAACGGUCAGCAACAGCACUUCUCAGCUUUACACAGCUCAACACACUGAGUCAGAUGAUAUGAUACAUAUCAGUUUAGUAGUAAUAAUCGUAAUAGCUGCUGUGAUAAUAUCUACAGCUAUUGUAGUCUCUAUAAUAGUCUGCAUUGUUCAAAGACAGAAUCAAAGAGAGGUUCAGUACGGUUACAGGACAGAUACGAAUAAUGAAUUCAUCGGAGACAAAAGACAAUCUGAGUGUGCCACUGAGCUGAUGUGUCCUGAAUAUGAUGUCCCUGUACCUAUACUAAAGCACCCCUGUAGCAGUCAGAGUUCAAAAGUGGCAUCACUAAGGAAAGAAUCCCAAACAGAGUUUAACCAAAAUUUCAACUACGAAGGCGCUACUUCAGAUUUUCAACUGAAGACAGUAGCAGACAGCACAUACCAACGAAGUCUUCUAAGAAACCCAAAGAAUUCUCAGAUUGAUGAAAAGGCUGUUAAGGUGGUUGAACUCUGUGGAGAAAAACCAAGAUCUUGCCAUGCUAAUGAUAGAGAACAUAACUGGGCAGAAAGGGAAAUAGGGCACUAUGAAGAAUUAAAAGGUAUAAAAUCCUGCUUGCCUGUGGAAUUCCAAAGCUCAGCCAAACUGUCUCUACCAUUGGCAAUUAGUAGAUAUAAAGACACCAUUUCUCAUGCAAAACUAUCGAACCAAACUGAAGCUAUUCAGAAUCCAUCUUCACACAAUGAUGUCAUUGACCUGAAAUCAUAUAGAGUAAAUAAUACAGACCCAAAGACUGCUUCACAAUCUUGGAAUUUGCCCAUGAGGAAUAGUUUUACGUCUUAUUCAAAGCCAUUACCAGCAUUACCAUAUCCAUGGAACUCUUUAAAAGUACCAUCUUCUGAGAAAUAUGCUAAAGUUCCUUUAAAAUAGAAUUUAAUUAAAUAGAAUACAUUUCCAAUACAAAAAUUGCUAGAAUUGGUUUAAUUAAUUAAUUUGAAUAAUUUGUUAUUUUCUUCCUGGAUUAAAAUACUCUUUGGCCACCGUUGACUAAUACUUGACACCACCAGGGUUACCCUGAACAGCAUUACAGGCCACAGACAAAACAAUACACCAGGGCUCCUACAUACACAACCACAUUGAGCCUCUACCUGGAUACUAUCAAAGUAAAAUACUCUAGUUUUCAUCUGUGUAAUAUACCUGGCUCCUAGUUCAAUAGAAUAUGGUACUCUCAUUUUUCAAUAUACUACCUCCACUUGGGUGUAAUAUUCUAUUUAACAGAGGCAAUAAACUAUCCAUACUCAGGUUGUAUAAUUCUAGCCUCUUUAGAAUGCUUAUUUAGCUAAAAUAACAAAAAAAAAAAACAAUUCUUCUGUGACACACAGGAACAUUACAAGUCUAUGUGAAGUUGAUGAA